GAUCGCUCUUUUCUUUUUCGCAUAACAUUUCCUUUCCAAAUAUUGAGCUGAAAUAAAAGCUCAGCCAUGGCUUCUCUACUUCAGUACUCUACAAUUCCUCUUUCUCAUAAUCAUUCUUCAUCUUCGUUACCAUCUUUAACUUGUCAUCUCUCAAAAAGAAGCAAUAGAAAUACUCAAAAAUUAUUAGAGAAAAAGAAGUAUCAUAUCAAGAAAAGCUUAAUUUGCCAGUCGGGUAUUGAUGAGAUCGCAUUCAUUGAGUUACCUGGUACUAAAGAAGCUAAAGCUCAACUUAUUGGGUCUCUCAAACUCAAGUUAUUGAGUGCUGUUUCUGGGCUAAACAGAGGUCUUGCUGCGAGCGAAGAAGACCUAAAGAAGGCGGAUGCUGCUGCCAAGGAGCUAGAAUCCUGUGCAGGAGCUGUAGAUCUCUCAGCUGAUCUCGAUAAACUUCAAGGGAGGUGGAAAUUGAUAUACAGCAGUGCAUUCUCAGGUCGCACUCUUGGUGGAAGUCGUCCUGGACCCCCCACCGGAAGACUUCUUCCCAUUACUCUUGGUCAGGUAUUUCAAAGAAUUGAUGUACUAAGCAAGGAUUUUGACAACAUAGUGGAGCUUGAAUUAGGCGCUCCCUGGCCUUUACCGCCUGCUGAGUUGACUGCCACUUUAGCCCAUAAAUUUGAACUGAAAGGAUCAUCCUCGAUUAAGAUUACCUUCGAGAAAACUACAGUGAAGACAACUGGAAACUUAUCACAGCUACCACCAUUUGAGGUGCCUCGGAUACCAGAUCAAUUCAGGCCACCAUCUAAUACAGGAAGUGGUGAGUUUGAAGUUACCUAUAUUGAUUCUGAUACACGCGUAACAAGGGGAGACAGAGGAGAGCUUAGAGUUUUCGUUAUCUCAUAAGAUGGGCUGCAAUAGGUAUAGUUUUCCUACAAUAUUUUGUUGCUACAAUUGCAUGUACAAUAUAUCAAAUGUAUAGAUAUGCUCAACAUUAUUCUGCUGGUCCACAGCUAGCAAAGUUGUAAUGCUACUGCAAGUUUGAAUCUGUAUACAAUAAGCUCGAUUUUGUGUCUA